AAUUACAAGCACUGCCCUGUUCCACGUGACUCAGGAGUCACUGCAGAGUGAUGACGCUGUUUGGUAGCCGGGUGCAGUUGCUGUAGUUUUCUUCCUUCUUCCGUGUUCUGCAACCACUAUUGUGAUUCUACAAAAUCAAUCAUUAUGUCUCAUCAGACUGGCAUCCAAGCUUCUGAGGAAGUAAUGGAUAUAUUCUCAAGAGCCAGAAAUGGUGAAUAUCGGCUUUUGAAGAUAGUGAUUGAAAAUGAACAGCUUGCUGUGGGUUCAUUCAAAAAGGCUGCAAAGUCUUGGGACCAGGAGUAUGAUUCUUAUGUUCUUUCUAUGUUGGAAGACAAGGAACCUGCAUACAUUUUAUACAGACUAGACUCACAAAAUGCUCAGGGUUAUGAGUGGAUCUUUGUGGCCUGGUCACCAGACUUCUCCCCGGUUCGACAGAAAAUGUUAUAUGCAGCAACGCGGGCAACUGUGAAGAAGGAGUUUGGGGGCGGACAUAUCAAAGAUGAAAUAUUUGGCACUACAAAGGAUGAUGUGUCUCUUAGUGGAUAUAAAAAGUACCUGACAUCAGUGGCAGCUCCAUGUCCUCUGACUGCAGCUGAAGAGGAGUUAAGACAAAUCAAACUGAAUGAGGUAAAGACAGAUAUUAGUGUGGACAGCAAACACCAGACUCUGCAAGGAGUUGCCUUUCCCAUGAACAGGGAGUCUGUUCAAGCUCUGGAACAACUGAGGGAUAACAAACUCAAUUAUGUCCAACUUGAGAUUGAUUUCCAAAAUGAAACCAUUGUUUUGGCAAGCACCGCCCCCACAGAGAUUAAGGAUUUGCCGAAAAGAAUUCCAAAAGACUCUGCUCGGUAUCACUUCUUCCUCUACAAGCACUCCCACGAAGGAGACUACUUAGAAUCCAUAGUCUUCAUUUAUUCGAUGCCUGGCUAUACAUGUAGUAUCCGGGAACGAAUGCUGUACUCCAGUUGCAAAAAUCCUUUAAUUGACAUGGUGGAAAAUCAAUUGGAAAUGGAAGUAGAGAAAAAGCUCGAGAUUGAUGAUGGAGAUGAGCUGACGGCAGACUUUCUUUACGAGGAGGUUCACCCCAAACAGCAUGCACACAAACAAACUUUUGCUAAACCAAAGGGUCCCACAGGCAAGAGAGGGAUACGGCGGCUCAUUAGAGCACCUGCAGAUGGUGAAUCUCCAAUGGAUUAACUUCUCUUUCCUUCACUUUGAAUGAACACAUUCCAGAGGAGUUAUGCAAAUUCUGAUAUAUUUUAGCCCUGUAAGAACAGCCUUUAAAAAAAAAAAGCAAUGGUUUUCUGGCGUAGUAGUAGGCAAACACUAUUUCUGUAACAUUACUUUAUAGAAUAAUUUUGUGUAUUGGGAAAUUUUCAAAGAAACACAUUGCAUUUAGUGUGGGACUGCACAAUUAUUUUUGUAAUUGUAUUAAUUGAAAUCUGCCAGUUGAGGUGGGCUGGUGUCUUACAGAUACGAAAAUUAGGUUUUUGAAACGUAACAAUUACAAAAAUAUGAUUUCCAUGCGCACAAUCGUGAAAUGCUGCUAAAUGGCACACAAAGAUUCAUUUUACUAUAAUGCUAUUUUUAUAUGAUGAUCAAAUACAAAAGUCAACCUUAUUUUAUUACACAAAGUGUGUGGUUUAUAAAACACACUUGAUGAUUGAUUUUUUUUAAAGCAUGUAUGCAAAUUUACUACCAGUAGUCCAUUUUAAGUUCUUGGUAGUCUGACCUGAAAUGGCUAGCUAUACAAUAGUAUAGACCUUCAGCUGUCUUUUUUUUUUUCAAAAUAUGUAAGCCAUAAUAAGUAUAUUCGAAAACAUCAGCUUUUAAUCAUUAAACUGAACUAAUUGGCCUGCA